UAGUUUUCUAUUUUUAUAAAUAUAAUAAAAAACCUGAAUUUAGGCGGUUUCAUAAGGAACACUUUAUCCAAAACUAUUCCACAGGAACACCCGAACAACAAAAGCACACCUUAAUAUCCCACCCAAAAAAACGACCUCCCCCUUCAUUUUCAUGGACCCAGAUCUCAAGCCGGAGUACCAACGUCGUGAGCGGCGGCGCCGCCGCCUCAUACUCAUCUCAGUGGCGGCGGUCCUCGCUCUGGGCCUCCUCAUCCUCAUCCUCGCCCUCACCGUCUUCCGCGUCCGCGCCGCCACCACCACCGUCACCGCCAUCCAUCUCUCCGGCUUCCACGCCGGCUUCAACGCCCUCUCCCUCUCCGUCGACCUCAACGUAACCCUAGAUCUCGCCAUCACCGCCACCAAUCCCAACCACGCCAGCUUCAAAUACACCGAAGGCUCCGCCGAACUCUUCUACCGCGAGAUCCUCGUCGGCGAAGCCGUGGUCCCGCCGGGAGAGAUCGCCGCCGAGGGCAUCGUCCACACGGAUGUCGUCCUGGUGGUGAUUGCUGACCGUUUGAUCGGCAACUCGGAGGUGUACUCUGAUGUUGCCUCGGGAUUAGUGAAGAUGAAAACUGAGACGAGGAUUCCGGGAAAAGUCACGGUUGUUGGGUUUGUGACGCUUAGUAUGGUGUUAUACACGUCUUGUGAUGUGAUCAUCAGCGUUGUUGAUCAGACGGUCCAGAAUACAAAUUGCAGUUUUAGAACUAAGUUCUGAAUUUCUGCACAUAUUUGUAUAACAUAUUAAAACAUGUAUUUGUGAUAUUGAGUUGUUUGUAUUUAUGAUUUUUAUUUUUUUAUUUUAUUUUAUAGAAAGAAAAAGAGAAAUAGUUCAUA